UAACUUCUAGUAGUAAGAAAACUUUAUUUUUUUGGCACAAUUCACUCUAAAAAUAACAAUACAGAAGAGGAAAUUACACCAGCAGAGCAGUAAAUGAAAAUGCAAAAACACAAAUAUUCAGGUUUCCUUUAAACAUGUCAGUGACAAACCAGAUCAAGUGUGUUUUAACUGCAAGUGAAGUUCAACUUAUUCUUUAGAAAAGAAUUAACGUGCUGCAAUAAAGCUCCAUAUUCAUUCUGAUGUUGAGUUUAGGUCAGCUAAACUUUUGCUUGGAAAAUAACAGAAAAGUGUCAAAAGAUCUGGAUUUAACACUUUUAAAUUCUUUUAAUGUGUGCUGCCAACUGGAACUUUCUAUUUAAUGUACUUUCUAACUUACAAGCGGAGAGGAACGUUUAUUUUCACAGCACGUUUCACACACAAAGGCGUUUUAAAGUGCUUCACAUGGUGCAUUAAAAUAAAAACAGAAAAUCACAGAUAAAGUAGAAAAUAAAUACAAUUAGAGACAACUUCAGCAGAAGUACAGACAAGUUUAAACCAGAAUUUAUAAAACAUGAAAAGCUGUGCAUGAACUUAAAGGUUCUUGGUUUUUGCGUUGUCUUUCGGUACUUUAAUGUGUGUUCAGAGCCGUUUAUUGUCCAUAUUUUGCUGCUAUUUUGGCCUCUGUGCACUUGAGCAGUCCAGUUCUCUCCUUGUAAGUUCAGUUACUGUUGUGAAAGUCAGUCUCUUUAAAUCCAUCACCGCUGCAUGCUUUCUCUGUGCCGCUCAGGUGGUCGGCGUCGAAGAUGCUCGUAUGGGUGAGGAGGUCUGCGCCUGCAUCCGGCUGGUGGAUGGAGUCGACUGUACUGUACAAGAAAUCAAAGAUUACUGCAAAGGACAGAUCUCUCACUUCAAGAUCCCUCGCUACGUUCUGUUUGUGAGCACCUACCCGCUCACCGUCACUGGAAAGAUCCAGAAACACAAACUUCGUGAGGAGGCUGAGAAGCUGCUGCAACAGAAGAAAUGAAAAUGAAAAGCUCCACUUGUGUAUGGAGAGAAUUCAGUUACUAUAUAUAUCAUAUAUAUAUGGGCAGGUAUCGCAUAUCAAAAAGUCCAGUCGGGAUUCACACAACCGACCAUCAGAACAACAGACAGUCUGAGUUUGCUGGUUGUGUGUCUCCUCCUGUCACCAGCAGUUAAAGGGUUAACUGUCUACAAAUCACAUGAAAAGACCAACAAGUAUUUUACACCAUCCAGCUGCUGUAAAUACGCACCAAAACAACAAAUGUGCUUUAAUCCGUCCUAGAAAAUAGUCCAACGAACACAGUGUUUACUCGUGUAGGAGACGUUACUACAGCAGAAAAGAAAUACGACAGAGCUGCUGGAGGGGAGUCACACUUUGAGAAAAAAAAAACACACAUUUUAGAGGAAAAAACUCAGAUAUUCUGAGAUUAUAAAGUCAUAAUUCUUUUAGAUUAAAGUGGUGAAUUUACAAGAAAAAUCACAAAGUUAAGAGGGAAACAAACUGCGACAAUCUCUCAGAUUAAAGGGACUAAUUUAUUGCGAAACCUCCAAAUUUAACAGAUAAAAAAUGCUCAAAUUCUCUGAAGUUAAAGUGGAAAAAACAAAACUUAAAUUUAAGAGCAAAAAUUUAACCGUUCUAGGAUUAAAGUGGGAAAAAAAAGAUUAUCAAAUCAUUAUUUUGUAAACUAUGCCGAUGCUGUAAUUUAAUAUAGAAAAAGGUCAAAGUAUCUGAUUUUAGUCACUAAUUUUAGAGAAAAGAAUGUUUGGAUAUUCUGAGAUGAAAACUGUAAAUUUAAGAUUUUUUAAAAACAACUUUAGAAAUGAUCAGAGAUUAAAGUGGUACAUUUACAAGAGAAAGCACAAAUUUGAGAAAAAUAAAUGAUAUUCUCAGAGAUUAAAGUCAUAAAUUUGUGAGAAAAAAGAUUAAAGUCUCAACUUUAAUCAAUCAAUCAACUCAUUGUUUUGGAGGUUAAAGUGGUAGAUUUCCAAAAA